AUGGAUCCUUCUCAGCCUAGUUGUUCCGGACGGAGUAGUGGUAGAGCUAGCAAUAUGGACGAAAAUGACAGUGACGGAUCUAUCGACCCUCUGCAAAGGAUUGUUAACAACACUUCAGAAUCAUCAUCUGAUGAAGACACCAGUGAAGAUGAGGCUGAUAUUGAAGUGGUAUGUCCAACGUGGAGCAUCCAUACAGGUGGGUUACGACGCAUUGAAUUCGCCAGGGUCGAUUCAUUGCUGGUGCCGAUUCCUGGUACUGGCUCUCCGAUUGAUUUUUUCAAUCUCCUUCUGGACGAUAUUUUCCUUCAGAACAUUUGCAAGCUGAGCAACUCUUAUGCGUUCAACGAUGUUUAUGCUCGGCCUAACCUGACCCCCAGAUCCCGGAUCAAUGCCUGGAAGGAUCUGACCGUGCCGGAACUAAAAACGUUUUUGGGUGUUUUGAUCCAUACCGGCACCAUCAAGAUGAACCGCGUGCAGGACUAUUGGAAAACGGACUAUUUAUUUAACCUGAAAUGUUUCAGCUCAUUUAUGUCCAGAGACAGAUUUCUCUCGAUCUUGCGAUGUCUACACUUCAGUAGGCCAAGUGGUAACGACACCGAUCAUGACAAUCCUACUGAAAAAAUCAAGUUUGUCGUGGAGUAUUUUAACAAUAAAAUGAAAUCUGUGUACUACCCCCAAAAAGAAUUGUCACUCGACGAAGCUAUGGUACUUUGGAGGGGUAGGUUACACUCCAGUCAGUACAUCCAGGGUAAGCGCCACAAGUAUGGUGUGAAAUUAUACACGCUUACUGAACACCAGGGUUUCAUACUAAAAUUUUUGUUGUAUUCCGGGCGGUCAGACAACGUCGUUGGUGGUAAAGGACACACUGAAAAAGUGGUCCUAAAUCUUCUGAAGGAUUACUUGGGGCACGGACACUCGGUUUAUACGGAUAAUUGUUACAAUAGCUACGCCCUAGCCUCUAAACUGUUGUCCCAAAAUACCUAUUGCACAGGAACGUUGCGUUCUGAUCGGAAAUUCAUUCCUAAAGAAGUGUCCAGUAAGUCCCUAAAGAAGGGAGAAACAAUUGCUCGCUACGCAAACGGAGUGAUGAUAGGAAAGUGGCGGGAUAAAAGAACAGUUCUGUACAUCUCUACAGAGCACGACAACCAACUUGUCGAUUGUACCGACAAAAGAGGUCGUUCGAAGCAGAAACCACUUCCGAUCGUCAAGUACAACGCACAUAUGAGCGGUGUCGAUCGUGCAGACCAGAUGAUGUCGUACCAUCCUUGUGAACGGAAGACGAUCCGGUGGUACAAAAAGAUCUUCAUACACGUGAUCAUGAUGAUCAUGACGAAUUCGCACCUCUUGUACAACACGCACAACAAGAAGAUGAACCUGUACGACUUCCGGUUGGAAGUCAUCAAAUCACUGCUACCACCGCCCCUGGUCGAAUCACCGGCGCAGAAGAGAAAGAGAAACGAGGCACACAAACUGGUGAAGAUCGCUGAGCGUGAUCACAACAAUCGAACGAAAAGGAAGAAGUGUAGGCAGUGUACCAACGAUGGAAAACACGGUGUAAAAACCACAUUUCAAUGUGAAUCGUGUCCUGACAAACCUGGUCUGUGCAUGGGCCAAUGCUUUCAGGCGUUCCAUGACAGAUUGGUGUAA